UAUUUUGUGUAUAAAGGAAGAAAAUAAUCGAAUGACCGACAUUUCUUUUCAUCGUUAUUCUUAGCUGCUUUCGAACGGAGCGAAAUACCUCCGUUCGUCGAUUUACGGCAAUAACAUAUUAACAGGCGUGCAAAGAAGCGCGCGUAGCUAUUUAAUGAAGUUAAUAAUCAGCCGUAGUUUGUCGGUUCUUUUGUGAUCUCGGAAUUGUGAUAUUAAAGACCAGAGUCUUUGUCGACAUCUCUCUGCAGAGAGAUGACAGAGGAGUAGGAUCGUAGGAGUAGAGCGGGGAUGCGCGAGAUCGUGUCACACCGUCCUCGCGUAUCGUAGUGAACUUUGCUUGAAAAUCACGAGUGACACGGGCGAAUCUGUACUCUCUGAUUGGACGCAGAAUUCGUACAGUAGAAAGCAUCAUCGCCAACAUGAAUUUCCGAAACGUGAACCCUCUGAACGUUUACUCGAACUACAUGUCGGGCAACCUUUUACCCUUAGCGCCGCGCGACUCGCGCUUUUCGCUCGCGUCCGUGUUGUUCGGCGGCUUCAUGUGGUUGCUUCAAGCGGUCCAAUUAUGCGUGCUGGUCCCAGGUCUUAUGAUGGUGUCGUGGGAGAAGGCCAUUGUGGACGGCACGAUCACCUUCGUGCUCAUCAUCGAAGUGUCCUUCAUCGCUGGGCAAAUUCAAACGCACAAGAAACUGACGGAUCGGCUGAUUCAGAAGCUGAACGAUAUCCUGCGAAUCGAGGACGAGAUGAUGGAGAACGUCGUGAAGACUACCCUCAAGCCCAUAGAUGCUCCGCUGAGAUUUUACGUGGUGGCCGGUUCGUUGUCCGUGUUCGUGUGGUUCUCAUUACCGUUACUGAUGAUCCUCGAGAGGGAGACCUUCUUUUACGAGGAUUUCCGGUUGCCGGCGGUCUUCUCCAAACAGCCAUUCUCGUCCCAGACCUUCGUGCUGGGUAGCAUUCUGCUGGUGAUGGGUAACGUCCAGAUUUUCUUGAAGAAGUGCGGCCUGGACAUUUACAUGAUACACCUCGUGCUGAUGAUGACAGCGCAGUAUCGCUAUACCGGCAAGAAGCUCGCCUCGAUAUUCCGAGACGCGAGUAAGCGAUGUGAACUCGGCCAAGUUGGCUGCGAAGUAGAUCGAUGGACGGAGAAUGCGCUGAAAGCGUUGUGCCGGCAUCAUAACAGUGUCGUACGCUUGUCGUCUGUGCUGAGAGAUUUGCUCUCUUCGAGCCUCAAUUUGAUUUACAUCAACAGCGUCAUACGCUUCUGCUUCACCGCUAUUCUCUUCAAUGCCGUACUAUCAGCCACUUUCCUAGAGGGUUUCCUAGUCAGCAUGUAUUCUUGCGGCUCGGUAAUGGAAUUCUACAUGCUUUGCUCUUGCAUGCAACAACUGCACGACGCGAGUACAGACAUUACGGACGAAGCCUUCCACGAGAAGUGGUAUCAAUUCGGGCCGUCCGUAAAGCGCACGUUCAUGCUGAUGAUAUUGGCCAAUAACUUGGGCUGCAAACUUUCGACAUGCAACAAGUUCAAUCUGUCUCUGCCCUCAUUUAUGACGAUCUUGAAUCAAUCGUACUCCAUCGCUCUUGUGCUCCUGUGAACGAAUGGCGCAGCGAAGAUCUGCAAGCUUUUUGUUCUCUUGAGUGAAACGUUCGUUGUGCAAGUGAAGAGCGGCAGCAAGUUGGAAAGUGGAUAAAAAUGUAGUUUAGAUAGCUAAUAAUAUUUAAAAACGCAAGCGUCGUUAGUAUAACUAGUGGAGUGUCAGUAAAAUAGUAGCAUUCAAAAGUAAUUGUCUUGAUUGAAUCAAAUAUAGUAAUUAAGUUGCUGUA